CCCUCGCUCCGCUCCCUCCCCUCCCAGGCACUGCAGCAUUCUCUGACUGCAGCUCCAGCCGACGCCCGCAUCUCCCUCAGGCCUCCGCAGCCCCAGCCGCCGCCAGCACCAUGGCCAGCACCGUGUCCGCCUACAAGGAGAAGAUGAAGGAGUUGUCCGUGCUGUCACUCAUCUGCUCCUGCUUCUACCCACAGCCUCAUCCCAAUACCAUCUAUCAGUAUGGAGAUAUGGAAGUGAAGCAGCUGGACAAGAGAGCCUCUGGCCAAAGUUUUGAGGUCAUCCUCAAGUCUCCUUCCGACUUAUCUCCAGAGAGUCCUGUGCUAUCCUCUCCCCCGAAGAGAAAGGAUGCCUCCUUGGAGGAGCUGCAGAAGCGGCUGGAGGCAGCUGAGGAGAGGAGGAAGACACAGGAGGCGCAGGUGCUGAAGCAGCUGGCCGAGCGGCGCGAGCACGAGCGAGAGGUGCUGCACAAGGCUGUGGAGGAGAACAACAACUUCAGCCGCCUGGCGGAGGAGAAGCUCAACUACAAGAUGGAGCUCAGCAAGGAGAUCCGCGAGGCGCACCUGGCGGCGCUUCGGGAGCGGCUGCGCGAGAAGGAGCUGCACGCAGCCGAAGUGCGCCGGAACAAGGAGCAGCGGGAGGAGAUGUCUGGCUAAGAGGCCCUGGACCCAGCGGCCAAAAGAACACGUUCGAGUUUUGUUUUUGUUUUAUUCAACUCUGUCUAGAUGCAACUUUUGUUCCUGCUUCGACUCUCCCCACUCCCUCAGCUUCCUGCUUCUCUUCCCGCACUCUGAGCUGUCCAGUCCUUGUAGUGUGUCUGACCGUAGGCUCUCCCUGGAGGAGCCCCCUGGGCGGAAGAUGUGGUCCCCCGUUCAGACACCAGGCCAGGCGUGACUGGGUCCCUUCUUGGUGGCCCUUUUAGUGGAUGUGUUGGCAACCUUAAUAAAUCUAGUGGCAGUGGCACAAA